AUGGAUAAAAUGGCGAAUACAGUGAAGUACGGUCGGAAGACGCGCAAAUCUAUCUGGUAUUUGACGUGCUUCCUAGUUGGCUUAAGUGCGUUACUGUUUAACGUAAUAACAAGCUUCGAGUCGUACGUAUGGAUGCGCCACAUGGGCUUAAGCCCCUUAACGGUGCAGGGCUUUUGGUAUUUCGCUAAGCGCAUCCACUGUGCGCUGUCUAUCAUUUUGAUUCUGUUGGUCUUAUCAAAUUCAGUGACGAAGUGCGUCGUUAUGUGUCUUACAUGGUGCAUAUUUGUGAGCUAUGGACUGUUAUCGGCUUAUGUAUACUGCAAUGGGAUGGCUUUGAAAUCCUCUGUGAUGAUAAAAUGUCUGGUGGCAUUCUGCUCGUUAUCAUCUAUAUCACUCCAAUCAUGUUUCUUCUUCUUUAUAUUUAAUCCAUAUGGAGGUAAAUCCAUAUAUGAAGCGUUAAGGUGCAUGCUAUUCUUUCUGCUCGGAUCUAGCAGUGCUAGCCUUAUUCCAAGAAUCAUGACUUCCUGUGUUACGGCGUUUUAUGGUAUGAGGGCAGAAGACGUGAUACAGACGCUGCUUUUGUUAAAGGUUAUGCUUUACCUUUUCAGUGCAAUCACAUUCGUGUCGGCAUCACUCACAGCGUUCCUUGUUCAUAACAACUCGGAAAGUUCUUGCAGUGAAUACCUAACAUUGUCGGUUGGGAAAGUGUUCGGAUUAAUGUUCAAUUCUGCUUCGAUGCGUCGAACUUUCCUCUGCUCAUUUGGAUGGCUAAUGUCUCCACUGUGUGGAAUUGCCGCAUCAUCAUUUCUAUUCAACGUGACUGUGAAGGAAGGAAGACAAAUUGCGAUUCUGGACAACGUGAUUCAUCUUUUCAUUAUUUGUGUCUUCGUUAUAUAUUCUUUUUCGAGGCCGUUCGCCGCAGAAAUACAAGAGGGCGAAAAUGAGGGCAUCCAAGGAAAUGAUGUUGAGCAAAUCGAACGAGGCACUAAAAGAGACGAAACCACAGUAACAUCUGAAAUCAUUGAUGGUGAUAAGGAUUAUCACAACCCGAAUGCCCGUAAACCAGUGAGGUUAUUUCGUACGCCUCAACCCUGGUGUUUGUUGCCGUCCGGCUUUUGGAAUGUCUGGGAAGAUGAGGACAACAAAGAUGCAUCAUAUCUUACCAGCUGUGCGACAAUAUACAGUGUUUUACAGACGGUUAAUGGUAGUAAUAUGUCUGCGGAAGGAAGCGAUGAUGCAAAUGGCUGUUUAAUCACAUACAAAGACGUUACUGAGGCCAAGCACCGGCUUUUGCGUUUACUAUCCUCCUUUAUAGCUUCGUGUGAUGCGUCUUCAGAGUCUAUGAUGCAUGAUGUGGGGAAAUUAGCUAAGGAAAAUUGCUCUUAUAAUGACUUGAAGUCUGCUAUGGAUAGAUUUGUUGGGCAGUGUAGCUGUAUCGAACAUUAUUCUCUUUGCUGGAAAUGUGACAUAUGUGUUUAUAAAAGCGAUAUGGCCGCAGAAAAGACUUCUGUAAAGCCACAAGCCUCAUCAACAUCUGCGGAAGAAACUACCGAGCGCACAUCCGCCGCGAAUAGAAGUGGUGGUACUCCUUCACAUCAGAUGAAUCCAGGAUCCUCGCACGCUGUUGGUGCGGCACGGGAUGGUACGGUUUCAUUGUCUAAUUUCGUGUCGCUGGCUAUGAAUACCGUUAAUUGUCAUAUGGGUAGGCAACUGAGUAACUGUAUGGAGAAAGCACGUUCUCUCGCAUCUGCAAUAAGACAGUCACCCGAAUUAUCGGACGAUCUGGAUGAUACUUCAAUAUUAAAAGCUGCUGAAAAUCUCGAUUAUUUUUUAGAACAAUUUCUGUUUUUACUCAGCUAUUUGCAUUCAGUCAAUGAGUGGAUUAUAUUAUGCAAAUCUAUGGAUACAAUUCUAGAGCGUUGUCCUCCAUUAGUAGAUAUGAUGAUAAAAAGACAUGACUGUUGUAAACAGGUAAACUUUGUAAAAGAAUGUAAUGCAAAUGCAAAGUGUGGCUGUUCCUCCAUUUUUAUGUUAGCAAAAUGUGUUCAGGAAUUGCAUCAAGUACAAUGUGAAAUUGCAGUUAACAUUUUGAAGCGCUCAUCGCCCCACGGAUCCUGCAGAAUGCCGUCAGUCUCACACGUACGCGUGCUGACAUUGAUUGUGUGUUUCUUCGAUAUGAUUAUGAGCUCAGACCUUGCCAUGGACGUAGGUAAUUGUAGAUGCAGCGUUAAGGAAGAAGGGAAGAAUUGCGCCUGUAGAUUUUAUUGCGACACUCUGGAUCGUUUGUUGUCCAAUUGGCUUAAUGAUGUAUCGUCAUCAAUGAAUUAUGGGGACGCUUUACUUCGUGAAACCAUACACCUUCUGUCGAAAGUUAUUGCUACUAAUACACUGGAUUUUAAUGAAGAUACGCCUAACUAUAUGAAUGCGUUGCGCCGUUUUGUAGGCAUUGGCAGAUUCGCAGCAGACUUUAGUUCCAAGAUUUACAUGGCUAAUUACCUACUCGAAGAAGAAAGUGCUCUAACGGCCGGCAUGUUAGCGAAAAUAAGUCUUGAUUUCAAUCAGUUAUGCCAAUGCGAUAAUAAAUGUCAUGCCACCCGUGGGGAAGUAAAAAGUGAGUCAUGUAACUGCUUCAUCAGGGAAUGUAAUACGUGUCGUAAAAGCGACGAAUGUGCUAUUGAUAUAUUGGGCUCACUGUCGUCGAUUGGUACCCCUACAAAUUCCGGUGCAUCAGAGUGUUUGACGAAGUCGUGCGAAUCUUUUUCCGCAAUCACUGCAAAAAUGGAAAAAAUAUGCGAAGCAGUUGCCGAUAAAUUGAAAUGUGCAAACACCAUAGCAUCAACGGUCACAAAUUUUGUCAACAAGAUUGGUGAGGCUACUACCAGUACGUCUGGAAUGGGACAACACCCACAUAAAAGUCAGUUGUGUAAGGUUGAUUCUAAUAACAAAGAUGUGGCACGGUUACUUUUAUAUGGUUGCAAUAUUGAUGGUAGAAGCCCGGAUUCCCAUGUUUGCACUGAUUCCUCGACGGUUAACUGCGAAAAGGAUAAUUGCAAGUCACUAUCAUGCAUAUUAAAGACUUUUUUCACAACAGUUUGUGGUGAAAAUGCCGAUGGCAGUAGGACGUGCAAAUGUAAAGAUAAGGGAUCUGACGGGUGCUGUUGCAUGUGGAAAGAGGGUUUGUGCAGCGUUUUGUGCGGAUGUGCGGAUGAAUUGCAGAAAUUACUAAAGAAAUUAGGCAACGGUGUUGCUGAUACAGGUAAUGAAAGCUUACUUUGUCGGAUUAAAACACUAUGCAAUACUGUUGAUUGCGUAAGGUGUCAUUUGACUGAUAUAGAUUCGUGUACUAAAGAAUUGCACUCUAUGUAUGAUCAGUACCACGGCCAACUUUCUAGUGUGGCCGCCUAUAUGUGCAAUAGAUUCAAUGUUGAAGCAGAACACAUAUGCGCCUUGCAAAAGUUUUUAGAUGAAAAUGGCACUGUGUAUGAUUCUGCUUUAAAAUCCAUAACCAAGGUAGUCGAGUCCACUUCUGAUUUGUCGAAGAAGCACGAGGAUGGGAUAUUCAAAUUGGAUGACCAAGUUAAUACCCUGACAUCAAAUAUGAACAAAACUUGUGACAGGCUCCAGUCGCUGCAAAAUGAGGUAAAGGUAUCUCUGAAGGGAAUAGAUGCUGAGAAGCGCAAUUUUGUUAUUACUCCUACUGCUACGCAGCAGUUUGCUUUCAGGCGUAGUCUAAAGGUGUCCAAGAAGGCAUGUGCCUCGUUGAGGAAUUAUAUACGAUACUUUGAUAUUGCUUGGUUCUUGUGUUUAGGGAUUUGCUAUAUCUACGGCCGUUACUAUCAUUCGAGCAACGGCGGAUUCUAUACCACCAGCCGUAAUUACGUGCUUCUGUUGACUAUCAAAGGAGUUGUAAUGUUCACCUCAUAUGCGUUGCUACUAACUACAUGUCGGAGUUACCAGGGGUACAUGAUAAACAUAUCCUUGUUGUUCGGAUUAUUGAUGGCUGUAUUCAUGUCUUUCGUCAGCCAGUGGUGGAAUUAUACGCUCUUCAUAAAAGAACAUGCGAAGCCCAUUGAUCGAUGGUUUAGGCUGUUGUACCCCACAUCGGCUUAUGGGACGGAUUUGUCACCGUUCACGUGGGAUCACGGCUUGUCGAAUAUGUUCAGGGCGGACAUGAAUUACCUGAAGAACAUUUUUACGAGCAAUGGCUCAGUCAUAUACAAUCAUGACCCCUUCGCCACAUUGUUUGAUGACUACUUCAGUUUUUCGAACAAGCCCAUUAGCUUUUUUGGGUUGUGUGCUUGGACCUCGUUUGAAAAGCAGCUCCGUAAUAAGCUGAUAGAUGACGCAGAUGAGGACAAUUUCAAGGGGCUUCUUGACUACAUUGCAUUCAAGAAGGCGUCCCUUGUAGGUCUCGACUUUUUAUUUAGCGGACCAGUAUCGAACAUUAACAAGGUACCCCUAGACCUUUUGUGGUCGGCCUGGAGCAUGCAAGAGGCUCUCACGUUGGAACGUUGCGUGGCAUAUUCCAUUCUUGAAAUUGUGUACAAAGAUGUUUAUGGCGAGCUUCUCGCGUGGAUGAAUAGUGUUGUAACUGAAGAAGGUAACCAUAUGCUCUUGGAUAGCUUCGAUGCGAAAGAGCGGCAAACCCUGGCUCAAGAAGCCCUAUGGGUGCCUAAUGUGGCAGAACGUUAUGUAAAAGCUCAGCAGAUAAGUUCAAUGAACGAUUUGUUCAGGAACUCGUUCCUGCGAAAGUGGUCCGACCACCGCGCUGAAAAUGCACACAUGAUAACAUCUCCUGGUGCAGGUGAUUCUACUUCAGGAGUGCCUGAAGUCGAAAGCGGUCUUCUGUUUGAGUCGUACUCACUAUCUUCAGCAGUAAAAACAUGGCGUAAAUCGCGAGAGGAGGCGUGUGAUAGGUUGUAUGGUGGCAGUGCGGCAUGCAAUAACAUGGUCACCUCUACCGCCGAUCUAAUCGAGAAUUAUCUCUCGGAGUCAGGUGUUGGCAACAAAGCGCUUUCAUAUGGAGAUCUUUUGAAAUAUGUGGACACUUCGAGAGCCCCGCGUAUAUUCGCAAGCAGUGCGAAUGCGCUUGAACCAGUGGAUAACGAUUCCCUUACCGAUGUUGCAUUGGAAAACCCAAUCGGUCACUGUCAGGAAGAAUACGCAACAUUGUAUUCACAACCGACGAUGUUGAUUCCAGAGCAUACUGCUUCCACGCAGGACGAAGACCUGGAGGUGGAUAACCAGGGGCGUUACUUCGUCGGAUUCUGGCUCAAACACAAUGGCGUCGCACUAACUAUUGAUGACGUCAAGCGACUAUUAAGCUACAUAUCGGAGGAAACGAAGUCGGAGUAG